AUGCUACAUGAAUGGGUAGCUGAAAGGAGACAACGUGAAAGUGGAGCAUUUGACAUGUAUUACACUCACAACAACAAAGGCCGCAAGUAUCGAUCAAUUGUGCAGGUACAAAAUUAUAUAUUCGAAGGUUUUCAUAAGCUGAAGAUGGAAGUGAAUCAAGAAAAUAAUGAAGUAAGAGAGGUUGGAGUUGUUGAGAAAUGCUCCAAGAAAAGAAAAGGAGAAUGUUCCAUCUUGAAGAGGGAGUCUGCAACAAAGAAACAGAAAAGUAACAACUAUGGCAAGAGGGAGGUAAAAAAGUUUCUCGGUGAAGCAAGGAACAACCUCAUGAAUAGGGAUUUCAAACACAAAAAUAAGGAUAUUGGAAUGUCAAAAGAAGAAUCCUCCAAAAAAUCAAAAAUAGAAUCUUCAAUCUUCGAGGGAAAGCCCAGAACAAAGGACCAAAUAAGGAAAUUCAUACCAAAGGAAAAAUAUCACAAAGAAUAUUUUCUGAACAACCUAAAUUGGUGUUGGCAUCGCAAGGUUCAACAAAUUGUGGGAGGUCUAGUUGGCGAUGACGAAAGAGCUAGUAAUGGUGAAAACAGUGGCAGCAACGAAGGAGGGAAAGGCAUCAGAAACUAUAAUUUAGUUUUGUUAGUUGAAACUAUUUGUGCCCUAAGUGUUUGA